GCCAUACUAUUGGCACCAAAUGGACAGCCACUUCUUGUUCCACAGCCUUUGGUUCCAGUAGAUAGAAGCAUGGUGUCCAUUGCAUCACCAUACUUAACCCAAGCCAGCAUUUUUUAUGCUCCUCAAUUAUUUUCACCUCAUCAUUUUGCGGCUAUGCAGCAAACCACAGCACAGCAGUUUCCUCAAGUGCCUUCACUGAUACAAUUGCCUGGAAACUCACCUGUACCCCAUAGCACAACCACUGUUCAAAAUGGAUUUUCAGAGUCUUCUGUUGCAUCCUGUAAAGGUGACAGAAAGGAGGAAGCAACAAUUUCCCUUUAUGCAGUCAAAGAGUCUGUUAUAGUGAGUAACUCAUCAGCAAAUAUUAAGGACACAAAUCCUAAUUCAAUUCCUGGGACACCGUCAAUACCAAUACCAUCUCUUUCACCUUUGACUCCAAGGACACCAUCUUCUCCCGGCACUCCUCAGCAAACUGUUCCUUCCCCAGUCAAUGAUGACAUCUGUGUUAUUUGUUCAGACAGAGCAACCGGUCAUCACUAUGGAGUUACUAGCUGUGAAGGUUGCAAAGGAUUCUUUAAGAGAAGUGUUCAAAAUAAGAAAGUCUACUCCUGCCGCAAUUUGACUCAGGAUUGUCCUGUAGAUAAACGACACCGCAAUAGAUGUCAGUUCUGUAGGUUGCAAAAGUGCAUCAAAGCUGGAAUGUUGAAAGAAGCUGUCCGGGAAGAUCGCACACCAGGUGGUAAACAUAAGAAUUCAUCUUUUUCUCCAAAUUCACGCAUCAAAUCAGAACCAGCUGCUAAACAAGCAAGGACAAACUCAAGGAGCAGUUCAACUUCAGAUCGAGUAGAUGGAGUUGCACCAGCAAAGAUUCCAUCCAGAACUUUUCCUCCUUUUAUUAAAGAAUUGUUGCGAUAUGAGCCUCCAGUUGAUGCCCAAUCUACAGAAUGUCAAGGAUGUAAGCUGCAAGAUACUGGGCAGAAGACAUUUGCACAUGUCACACAACAAGCGGAAGAACAAAUCAAAAGAAACUUGGAAUGGUUUAAAUGCUUGCCAUUACUUGGUGACAUAAGUGAAAACGAUAAACGGAUUCUUUCAGGAAGUGCAUGGAUUGAACUAAUGCUGAUCAAUUUGACAAAGCAAUCUUUACAUUUAGAUAAUGGUGUACUUCUUUGUCCUGGUCAGGUUUUGGACUUUACUACAGCAGAAGCAUCAGGAAUUGGUGACAUCAUGCAUCGUGUAAUGCAACUGACUGCAAAAUUUAAAGAACUUAAUUUGGAUGAUGCAGAAUUUGUCUGUAUCAAAGUCAUUAUUCUACUGAACCCAGAUGUUAAAGGUUUAUUUGAUCAACAACUAGUAGAAAGACUGCAGGAUAAAGUGCAUGCAUCAUUGUUGGAGUACAACAACAACUUUCAUCCUAAUGAACCAAAUCGAUUUGGAAACAUUCUUCUAAGAUUACCAGAGCUGAGAUCAAUUGGCACCAAGAGCCUAGAGCGCCUUUUCAUGUUAAAUCUUACUGGACAGAUCAAUGCAAGUGAAUCCUUAGUGGAACUUCUUCAUUCAUCAAAAAGAUAAUUGUUGGACUCCGGUGUCUUGUGUCUUCCUUGGCCAUAUUGAUGCCUACAUUUUGACCAGGACUUGUGGUUCACCUGCUUUGGAAAUACUGAUCUGCCUCAUAAUUACAUGCAAACUGGAUCUGGAAGGUAAAAUAUUAGCAAUUGCAUUUUCCCACAAGGUCAACCCUGAAAAAAAAAAAGUUUAAAGUGACUUCUGUCCAUGAGUAGUGAUAUCAGAUCCAGGUUCUUUAUUGCUUCACUUUAAGGGUAAUUGUGAUGACUCAUCACACUCUUAGAUGAAAAUAUUUUGUAAUUCCCCUUUUCACCUUUUCACUCCCAGGAGUGGUCAGUGAGUUAUUUCUACUUUAAGAAUCAAAUCUUUGUCAGGUGGAUAUGCAAUGAGAGGAAAGAAAUGUUUCAUGUAGUAGAUAUAGGUCACUGGGGCACAGUUGUGUAAAGGGCAGAUAAUGCUAUCCAAUGGAUGAUGCUAUCCAAGGAUAAAUGGCUAACCAGUGCAUAAGUGAUAGCAAAAUGUAUAGCAUCGUCCACCAGAUAAAUAGUUAUCUAGUGGAUAGCAUUAUCCAACUGUCAAAUAACUGUGGCCUGAACUGCAAAUUUUCAAUGCUGAAAGUAUAAGAAAGGUUUAUCAGACAGUAAGGGGCUAUGGGAGUGAGAAGGUCAAAGUGGCUUUGCCAGAGGGACUGGGACUCAUUCUGGCUAUACCUGUAAUUUUGUAAUUUCUGGCUGUUUACCCGCACUGGCUGAUUAUUGCAUGCAGCAAAAAAAAAAAAA